AUGAAACAAAUUAACAGUUCCAGUAUCCUCCGUGGGAUAAGAUAUUACUCAUCCUCCUCAUCGGUAAACAAACCAGAACUAUUUCUCAACCCACAUGCUUGGCAAGGGUUACCAGCCGACCAAAUAUUCCAGUUACAUCAAAUUAGAAAAAAGUAUCUAGGUGAUGCUUACAAUCCAACGAAUGAAGAAAGAACCGCCAUCUUGUCCACAAUUACAUCUUUAACAGCUAAUAAACCAGCAUUGGAUUACGCUUUUGAGAUUGAAAACUUUAAAGAAAGAGUUAUGAACAAUACCCCCAUGAAGGACAGAGGUAAGCCUCAGAAGUUGAGCAACACGUUUGUGAUAAACACGGGAGCAGCACCACAUCACGAGAGACGUAUAGAAAACUUGCAUAGGGUUUCGGCUUUUGAGAUGCCCUUGUUGUCCAAAUACCGUCAACCUUACACACCAAGACCAAGGACCCAAGCUCCACUCAAGUUGAUUUACAAUUCUGAUUUUAGUGAGGACAUAUCUAACAAGCACAACAGGAAAGUUACUUUGUAUGUUGAGUUGAAGGACUUGGAGCUUACGAAAGAGCAAGAGCACAAGUUUAAGGUGCUUGCUGGGCGCAGAUUCCACCAUGGCUCCGACUCCUUCCAAUUAAAAUGUGAAAGGUACCCUCAAGCAGCCCAAAAUGUUAGUUGGUUAGUUGACACUUUCAAUAGACUAUUGGUUGAGUCCAAAGACCUUAGUAAGGAAACUUUUGCUGACAUUCCAUUAGAUAAACGUCAUAUGAAGACGUGGACCACAAAACCAAAAGCAGUGUUCCCUGAAGAGUGGAAGAGGCCACAAGAUGCCCCAACAAAGAGACAUAGAAUAAUUGAUGAACUUGUAGAGAUGAGCAAAAACAGAUUGGACGCUGACCAUCUCAACAAGAUUACACCAUAA